AUGGGUGACGGUGAAAUGGCUGUCUUUGGGGUGGCAGCUCAAUUCCUCCGAAAGUCAGAGAAAGAAAGAAUUGAGGCCCAAAAUCGCCCCUUUGAUGCCAAAACUUCAACCUUUGUGAUUGACCCCAAAACAAUGUAUGUGAAAGGAGUUAUCACAGGCAGAGAGGGAGGCAAAGUAACAGUAAAGAAAGAAGACAAUACUACUGUAACAGUGAAGGAAGAUGAAGUUUUCCCCAUGAACCCACCCAAGUACGAUAAAAUUGAAGACAUGGCGAUGAUGACCCACUUGAACGAACCAUCUGUCUUGUAUAACCUCAAAGAGCGUUAUGCAGCCUGGAUGAUCUACACCUAUUCUGGGCUAUUUUGUGCCACAGUCAACCCCUAUAAGUGGCUGCCUGUGUACAACCCAGAGGUAGUCAAUGCCUACAGAGGAAAGAAGCGUCAGGAGGCCCCACCACACAUCUUCUCCAUCUCUGAUAAUGCCUAUCAGUUUAUGUUAACUGAUCGUGAAAAUCAGUCUGUCCUCAUUACUGGAGAAUCUGGAGCCGGGAAGACUGUAAACACGAAACGUGUCAUUCAGUACUUUGCAACAAUUGCAGCUGUUGGUGACAAGAAGAAAGAGGAACAGACCUCUGGGAAAAUCCAGGGGACUCUGGAAGAUCAGAUCAUUCAGGCCAACCCUCUUCUGGAAGCCUUUGGUAAUGCCAAGACUGUGAGGAAUGACAACUCAUCACGUUUUGGUAAAUUCAUCAGAAUCCACUUCGGGACCACAGGAAAACUUUCCUCUGCUGACAUUGAAACCUAUCUUUUGGAAAAAUCCAGAGUAACAUUCCAGUUGUCUGCAGAAAGGAGCUACCACAUCUUUUAUCAGAUCAUGUCUAAUAAGAAGCCAGAGCUUAUUGACCAGCUCCUGAUAACAACAAACCCAUAUGACUUCCCAUAUAUCAGCCAAGGUGAAAUCACAGUGGCCAGUAUUGAUGAUCAAGAAGAGCUGAUGGCUACUGAUAGUGCCAUCGAUAUUCUGGGUUUCAAUGCAGAUGAGAAGGUCGGUAUCUACAAGCUGACAGGUGCAGUAAUGCAUUAUGGAAACAUGAAGUUCAAGCAGAAGCAAAGAGAGGAGCAGGCUGAGCAAGAUGGCACAGAAGUGGCUGACAAAAUCGCCUAUCUGAUGGGUCUCAACUCAGCUGAUCUUCUCAAGGCUUUGUGUUACCCCAGAGUCAAAGUCGGAAAUGAGUAUGUGACCAAAGGUCAAACUGUCCAGCAGGUUUAUAACAAUGUUGGUGCCUUGGGCAAAUCCGUGUAUGAGAAAAUGUUCUUGUGGAUGGUCAUCCGUAUCAACCAGCAGCUGGAUACUAAGCAGCCAAGACAGCACUUCAUUGGUGUCUUGGAUAUUGCCGGCUUUGAGAUCUUUGAUUAUAACAGCUUGGAACAACUUUGUAUCAACUUCACCAAUGAGAAACUGCAACAGUUCUUCAACCAUCACAUGUUUGUGCUUGAGCAAGAGGAGUAUAAGAAGGAAGGAAUUGAGUGGGAGUUCAUUGACUUCGGCAUGGACUUAGCCGCCUGCAUUGAGCUUAUUGAGAAGCCAAUGGGCAUCUUCUCCAUCCUUGAAGAGGAGUGCAUGUUCCCCAAGGCAACAGAUCAAUCAUUUACAAACAAGUUGUAUGACCAACAUCUUGGCAAGUCCAACAACUUCCAGAAACCAAAACCUGGCAAAGGCAAAGCUGAUGCCCACUUCUCUCUGGUCCACUAUGCUGGGACAGUAGAUUACAACAUCAGUGGCUGGCUUGACAAGAACAAGGACCCACUGAAUGAAACUGUCAUUGGGCUUUACCAGAAGUCUUCAGUGAAGCUUUUGUCUAUGCUGUAUUCUGCCUACAAUGCCGCAGAAGCAGAAUCUGGUGGCAAAAAGGGAGGUAAGAAGAAGGGUUCCUCCUUCCAGACCGUGUCUGCUCUUUUCAGGGAAAAUCUAAACAAGCUGAUGAGCAACUUGAGAAGCACUCACCCCCACUUUGUACGUUGUCUGAUCCCCAAUGAAACUAAAACUCCAGGUAUUAUGGAUCAUUAUCUGGUCAUGCACCAGCUCAGGUGUAAUGGUGUCCUUGAAGGCAUCAGGAUUUGUAGGAAAGGAUUUCCCAGCAGAAUAAUCUACAGUGAUUUCAAACAACGUUACAAGGUCCUCAAUGCAAGUGCUAUCCCAGACGGUCAGUUCAUUGACAGCAAAAAGGCUUCUGAGAAGCUUCUUGGGUCCAUUGAUGUGGACCACACACAAUAUAAAUUUGGACACACUAAGGUGUUCUUUAAGGCUGGACUGUUGGGUACCCUGGAAGAGAUGCGUGAUGAGAAGCUUGCACAGUUGAUUACUCGUACUCAGGCUAUGUGCAGAGGAUAUCUCAUGAGAGUUGAGUUUCAGAAGAUGAUGCAGAGGAGGGAGUCUGUCUUCUGCAUUCAAUACAAUGUUCGUUCAUUCAUGAAUGUUAAACAUUGGCCAUGGAUGAAACUGUACUUCAAGAUCAAGCCUCUUCUGAAGAGUGCUGAGUCUGAAAAAGAGAUGGCCAACAUGAAGGAAGAGUUUGAAAAGACAAAGGAGGCUCUGGCCAAGUCAGAAGCAAAGAGAAAGGAGCUGGAGGAGAAAAUGGUCUCUAUUCUGCAAGAAAAGAAUGAUCUGCAACUCCAAGUCACAUCUGAAUCUGAGAACCUGUCAGAUGCAGAGGAAAGAUGUGAAGGUCUCAUUAAAGCCAAGAUUCAGCUGGAAGCCAAAAUCAAGGAGAUUAAUGAGAGGCUUGAAGAUGAAGAAGAAUCAAAUGCUGAGCUGACAGCCAAGAAGAGGAAGUUGGAGGAUGAGUGCUCUGAACUGAAAAAGGACAUUGAUGAUCUUGAGUUGACUUUGGCUAAAGUAGAAAAAGAAAAACAUGCCACAGAAAAUAAAGUUAAGAACCUAACUGAAGAGAUGGCUGUCCUUGAUGAGAGCAUAGCCAAACUUACAAAAGAAAAGAAAGCACUUCAAGAAGCUCACCAGCAGACUUUGGAUGAUUUGCAAGCAGAAGAGGACAAAGUCAAUACUCUGACGAAGGCUAAGACUAAGUUGGAGCAACAAGUUGAUGAUCUUGAGGGAUCCCUUGAACAAGAGAAAAAGCUCCGCAUGGAUUUGGAGCGAUCAAAGAGGAAGCUGGAGGGUGAUCUGAAAUUAGUACAGGAGUCUACAAUGGACUUAGAAAAUGAUAAGCAACAGCUGGAUGAAAAAUGUAAAAAGAAGGAGUUUGAAGUAAGCCAACUCCAGAGCAAAAUUGAAGAUGAACAGGCUCUGGCAGCUCAACUGCAAAAGAAAAUUAAAGAGCUCCAGGCUCGCAUUGAGGAGCUUGAAGAAGAAAUUGAGGCAGAACGUGCAGCCCGUGCGAAGGCAGAGAAGCAACGUUCAGACCUUUCCAGGGAACUUGAAGAGAUCAGUGAGCGUCUGGAAGAAGCAGGUGGAGCAACUUCUGCUCAGAUUGAGAUGAACAAAAAGCGUGAGGCAGAAUUCCAGAAGAUGCGACGUGAUCUGGAAGAGUCCACCUUACAACAUGAAGCCACUGCUGCCGCUCUCCGAAAGAAACAUGCUGAUAGUGUAGCUGAGCUUGGGGAACAAAUUGAUAACCUCCAACGGGUCAAGCAGAAACUGGAGAAAGAAAAGAGUGAAUUUAAGAUGGAGAUUGAUGAUCUUGCCAGCAACAUGGAAUCAGUCUCUAAAGCCAAAUCAAACUUGGAGAAAGUGUGCCGAACUCUAGAAGACCAGUAUAGUGAAGUUAAGUCAAAGGAGGAUGAGCAUCUAAGAGUCCUUAAUGACUUGAACACUCAGAAAGCACGUCUUCAGACAGAAAAUGGUGAAUUUGGCCGUCAACUGGAGGAAAAAGAAUCAUUAAUUUCCCAGCUUUCCAGAGGUAAACAGGCCUUUACUCAACAAAUUGAAGAGUUGAAGAGGCAUCUGGAAGAGGAAACCAAGGCUAAGAAUGCACUUGCUCAUGGACUUCAAUCUGCACGCCAUGACUGUGAUCUGUUGAGAGAACAAUAUGAAGAGGAGCAGGAGGCUAAGGCUGAGCUGCAGCGUUCAUUGUCCAAGGCCAAUGGUGAAGUUUCUCAGUGGAGAACAAAAUACGAGACAGAUGCCAUUCAGCGCACAGAGGAACUAGAAGAAGCCAAGAAAAAACUUGCUCAGCGUCUUCAAGAAGCUGAGGAGCAAAUUGAGGCUGUCAACUCAAAGUGUGCUUCUCUGGAGAAGACCAAACAGAGACUCCAAGGUGAAGUUGAAGACCUAAUGGUUGAUGUAGAACGUUCAAACUCAGCAUGUGCUGCACUUGAUAAGAAGCAGAGGAACUUUGACAAGGUACUAUCAGACUGGAAACAGAAAUUUGAGGAAGCCCAGGCUGAACUUGAAGCUUCACUGAAGGAAUCAAGAUCACUAAGCACAGAGGUCUUCAAGAUGAAGAAUUCAUAUGAGGAAGCACUUGAUCAACUUGAAACACUAAAGCGAGAGAAUAAGAACCUGCAACAGGAGAUCUCUGACUUAACAGAACAAGUUGCUGAGUCUGGAAAGAGUAUCCAUGAAAUCGAAAAGGCCAAAAAACAGGUUGAACAAGAAAAGUCUGACCUUCAAUCAGCACUUGAAGAAGCAGAGGGAUCCUUGGAACAUGAAGAGGCCAAGAUCCUGCGUGUCCAGCUUGAGUUGAAUCAAGUGAAGUCUGAAGUGGACAGAAAAGUUGCUGAGAAGGAUGAAGAGAUUGAGCAGCUCAAGAGAAACAGCCAGAGAGCUUUGGAAUCCAUGCAGAGCACACUGGACUCUGAGAUCAGGAGCAGAAAUGAUGCUCUGAGACUGAAGAAGAAGAUGGAGGGAGAUCUUAAUGAAAUGGAGAUUCAGCUUAGCCAUGCCAACCGCCAGGCUGCAGAAUCUCAGAAACAACUUAGGAACGUACAGGGACAACUAAAGGAUACCCAGCUGCAUCUUGAUGAUGCUGUUAGAGGAAAUGAUGAUCUGAAGGAACAAUUGGCUAUUGUGGAGAGGAGAAACAAUCUCAUGACAGUAGAAAUUGAUGAGAUGAGGUCAGCCCUGGAACAAACUGAGCGUGGUCGCAAAGUGGCUGAACAAGAACUGCUUGAUGUGACAGAGCGUGUUCAGCUUCUUCACUCCCAGAACACCAGCCUGAUUAAUACUAAGAAGAAGAUUGAGUCUGAUGUAGCUCAACUUCAAAAUGAAGUGGAGGAGGCAGUCCAAGAAGCAAGGAAUGCAGAUGAUAAAGCCAAGAAGGCAAUCACAGAUGCUGCCAUGAUGGCUGAAGAGCUGAAAAAGGAACAGGACACCAGCGCUCACCUUGAGAGGAUGAAAAAGAACCUUGAACAGACAGUGAAGGACCUGCAACAUCGCCUGGAUGAAGCCGAGCAACUGGCAAUGAAAGGUGGCAAGAAACAACUGCAGAAACUAGAGACCAGGGUACGUGAACUUGAGCAGGAACUUGAGUCCGAACAAAAGAGAGGCACUGAAGCCAUCAAGGGAGUGCGGAAAUAUGAGAGGAGAGUCAAGGAACUGACUUACCAGACUGAAGAGGACAAAAAGAAUGUAUUCAGGCUUCAGGACUUAGUGGAUAAAUUGCAGCUGAAGGUCAAAGCUUAUAAGAGACAAGCAGAAGAGACCGAGGAACAAGCCAAUGUACAUCUAUCCCGAUUCAGGAAGACCCAACAUGAGUUGGAGGAGGCUGAGGAACGUGCUGACAUUGCAGAAUCACAGGUCAACAAAUUAAGAGCCAAGAGCCGCGAUAUUGGCAAGAAAGCAGAAGAGUAAAGAGAAAGACCUAAGAAGAUAUAUUUACGAAGGAUGUUCAUAAAAUAUGAGCUGUUUUUGUAUAUGUGUAGUCUGCUUUGUAAUAUGCGUCGGCUCUAGAUGCAAAUAAAUUCUCAGCACAGCGUU